AUUUUUAGUCUGGAUGAUUUGGAUGAUCUUAAUACCUUGAUACCUUUAGAUCGAUUGAAAAAUAGUUGUGAAUCUGCUAUUAUAUAUCAUAACCUUCGUACACCAACUAUAUCUGUGAAUAACAUUCUACUUGAACCAAAUACCCUUGAUAAUGUCGAUAUCUAUAUGCAAAGAAAAUCAGCAACUGGAAUCAAGUUUAAGAAACAUAAUGUCACUAACGAUAACAAUAGCUUAUUACAAGAAGCAACAACAAAUGACACAGUGAUCGAUCUUCAAAAGUUGAACAACAAAUCUGAUACCUCUCCUGUUCACCCAACUUUAGCAAAAUCAACUGAAGGACUUUCGCAUCACAUUACUAACGAUGACUCUGACACUUCCUCUAUCUACUUAUCUCCUACAGAAACAAUUCAAGAACAAUCACAUAAUAUUACCGAAAUCAAUAACGAUUCUGAUACUUCUUCUAUCCUUCCAACACCGUCGACAUCAGCAGAAGAGCACUCACGCCAUCAUAUUUACACUGACAGUUCCUCCAUUCAUCCAUCACUUGAAGAAACGGUACAAGAACAACGAAAUCAUAACAUCGACCUUAUACGUUCUCCUUCAUCCUCUAAUCAUUCAAUAUCAGAUGAUGUAAUUCAAGAACCAAGACACGAAAUGAUGGGUGAGAAUAGUCUUUCGGAACAACGGCAACAUGUGGAGAACCAUAUCUAUCCCUAUUCUACUCAACUGCCUGCAGAUGAAGAACGAAGAGAAUUUGAUCAAACUCCAACGCCAGAAGAAGAAGAAGAAGAAGAAUUAUAUGAAUUGGAUACCAGCGAUGAAGAAUUUGAUCUAGGCAAAAAUAUUGACAACAAUAAUACAACGGACGACUUUGACAAAGACAACACAGAAUCUUCCGACUCACCCAAUGAUGGAGGCAAUAAUCAAGAUCCUUGUAUUAGUGGCAAUAGUGGAUUUCCACCUGGAUAUUUAGUCGAUUCUAAUCUUGAUGAUGAUGGCAACCAUGUUCCUACUUUGGCGAUUGAAAGAAAACGAAAUCAUUCAAGUUCUGGCGACCAACAAGAAGAGCGGUCUUACAAACGACAAACUUUGUCAACGACAGGAUACGAAAAGGACAAGUCAUUACAGUUUACUGAUGAUAUUGAUGAACAUCUAUUUUCUCAGUCACCACCGGGAUCACAAGGAAUAUCACAACAACGUCAACAAGUUCAACAAUCAUCAGUAGCAUUGCAAUCGUCAUCACCCUUACCAUCAUCCGCAUCGGAAACAUCACAAGCGCCUCUGUCGCCUUUAGCGUUACCAUCAUCAUUAGAAUUACAAACAUCACAAGCAUCUCCUUCGCCAUCAAUAUUACUAGCAUCGCCAAUACCUGGAUCACCAUCACCCUCACAAUCAUCAUCUGCAACAGAAUCUUCGCAAACAUCAUCUCGACCAACAACAAUAGGAGCAUCAACUAGCAUAAAUAACCGGAAAACCUUCAUCGGAAGAACAAGAAUCAGAAAACGAGGGAAUGUAAUCAAUUCUGCACCACGAUCACCCGUAGCCAUCCGCUGGAACGAUAGUGAUGACGAAUUUAUUCCUGAUAGUGUCAAUAAUAGUGACAGUGACGAAGAAUCUAUUUCGGAUGAUGUCAAUGAUAUGGACAGCACAAGGCAAGGAAGACGGCAACUGCCAACUACAAUGCGACCUCUGCAAAAGGAACACUCACGAGCACGUCCAAUACCUUAUCGCAGACGUUACACUACCUGGACCAAUGACGAACUCGAUGCUCUCAAGGAAGGACUGGGUUAUUUUAAAGGAAAUAAAUGGAUUGCCAUCAAGAAUCGACAUGCGGAACGGCUUAGAAAUCGCACAAAUGUGGAUCUACGUGACAAGGCUAGAAACGAAAUUGAAAGAAGACAGAAAGAAGGUCUCCCAUUAGAAGAAUUCCAAUAUGUUUGUUAGUUUUGUUUCCCUUCUCUCCCUCUGUCUUGUUUAUAUAUAUAUAUGUAUUUUUAUAUACCUUCUCUGAUCACUUAUAUAUCAUUUAAUGCAAUAAAAAAACAAAUACUAUAAAAUAUUGGAUUCAUC